AUGAAUCCUGAACACCAUAAUAUAAAUACGGGUGGUGGCCAACCUUCUGGCAACGCAGAGACACAGAAUCAAAGAGUUACUUCUGCCCAACAACAACAACAGUCAGCAAAUAAUCUAACACCUACAACAUCAGCUACCGACCUACGGGUUAAUUCGGCUGCAGUGAAUGUUGCAUUGUCAAGCGUGGCCAAGUAUUGGGUGUUUACAAAUUUAUUUCCUGGUCCAAUACCCCAAGUGUCUGUAUACGGUUUACCAACAAACACGAGGAUUGAAAAUGGAAAACCUGUGCAGGACCUAGGUCAAACGCAUGCAGGACUUCUAAAUGGUGAUCCCAACAUAAUUCUUGGUCAACAUACAGGACAACCUCAGCUUUCUGUUUCUGGACCUAGUGGCCAACAAAUACCUGUCACACAAAUUAUUGCAACUCAAUUGCAAUCUGGGCAGACUCAUGAAUCACUGGUGGCUCACAAUCAGCAACAAGACCUUGGUACUCAACAAAACCCUGGCAAUGGCACACAGGUCUCUGUUAGCACAGGCCAGCCGACUCAUCAGCAGGUACCCAAUAACAGGGUCGAGUUUAUUCAACACCAUAACAUUGAUAUGGGUCAUCACUCCCAACAACAUUCAAUGCAGCAGCAACUUAUGACGGCUACCCGUCAGGACCAUGCUAACCAACAGAUUCAGCUAACGGUCAGUGAAGAUGGCAUAGUGACAGUGGUGGAGCCCGGUGGAGGAAAACUAGUAGAUAAGGAAGAACUUCAUGAAGCUAUUAAAAUGCCCACAGACCAUACACUCACAGUCCACCAAUUACAACAACUUGUUGGCCAUCAUCAGGUAAUUGACAGUGUAGUCCGUAUAGAACAAGCCACAGGAGAGCCCGCAAACAUACUGGUUACUCAGAAUCCAGAUGGAACCACAUCAAUUGAAACUAGUGCUGCAGAGCAACUCAUAGUGAAGGAUGAAAAAAAUGUAUCUAAAAUAGAAUCCGCCCAAUUUGCAAUACCUACUGAUAUAAAAGAUAUCAAGGGUAUUGACUUAAAGGCUGUAGGUGCAAUGGGUAUGGAAGGAGCUGUAGUGAAAAUCUCAGCAGGCGCCUCAGAACAUGACCUUCAUGCAAUGUACAAAGUAAAUGUAGAAGAUCUUUCUCAACUGUUGGCAUACCAUGAAGUGUUUGGUAAGCUGAACCCUGAGGGUCAGCAACAAGCCAAGGUUAUCAGUGAAGUUGAAGUAGAAGCAGGCACUAGUGCCGCCAUUUCAGAAACGGACUCUUCUCCCGGCCACCAUUCUUGUGAUAUCUGUGGGAAAAUAUUUCAAUUUCGUUACCAAUUGAUUGUUCACAGACGCUACCAUGGCGAGAGUAAGCCGUACACUUGCCAAGUUUGCGGUUCAGCAUUUGCAAAUGCUGUAGAAUUAUCAAGGCACGGGAAAUGCCAUCUUGCUGGUGACCCAGCAGAGAGACAAACCAAAAGAUUAACUCAAGACAAACCCUAUGCAUGUACAACUUGCCAUAAAACAUUCUCACGCAAAGAGCAUCUUGACAACCAUGUUAGAAGCCACACUGGAGAAACUCCUUAUAGGUGUCAAUUCUGUGCUAAGACAUUCACACGUAAAGAGCAUAUGGUGAAUCAUGUCAGAAAGCAUACUGGGGAGACACCACAUCGUUGUGACAUCUGCAAGAAGAGCUUUACAAGGAAAGAACACUUUAUGAACCAUGUAAUGUGGCACACAGGUGAAACGCCGCAUCAUUGUCAAAUGUGUGGCAAGAAGUAUACUAGGAAGGAGCAUUUAGUCAACCAUAUGAGAUCUCAUACAAAUGACACACCGUUCCGAUGCGAAUUGUGCGGCAAGUCGUUCACGAGAAAGGAACACUACACCAAUCACAUACUGUGGCAUACGGGCGAGACGCCGCAUCGCUGCGACUUCUGCUCGAAGACCUUCACCCGCAAGGAGCACCUGCUGAACCACGUGAGGCAGCACACGGGCGAGUCGCCCCACCGCUGCACCUACUGCUCCAAGUCCUUCACGCGAAGGGAGCACCUGGUCAACCACGUGCGCCAGCACACCGGCGAGACACCCUUCCAGUGCGGAUACUGUCCCAAAGCGUUCACCCGGAAGGACCAUUUGGUGAAUCAUGUUCGCCAACAUACGGGGGAGUCGCCACAUAAGUGUUCGUUUUGUUCGAAAUCUUUCACUCGGAAGGAGCACUUGACGAAUCAUGUACGACAACAUACCGGGGAAUCCCCGCAUCGCUGCACUUACUGCGCGAAGUCUUUCACUAGAAAAGAACAUCUCACAAACCAUAUCAGACAGCACACUGGCGAAACUCCACACAAGUGCGCGUACUGCCCGCGCGCCUUCUCGCGCAAGGAGCACCUGAACAACCACGUGCGGCAGCACACCGGCGACGCGCCGCACUCUUGCUCCUUUUGCAGCAAGAGCUUCACGCGCAAGGAGCACCUCAUCAACCACGUCCGACAACAUACGGGCGAAACGCCGUACAAAUGUACUUACUGUGCAAAGGCAUUCGCCCGAAAGGAGCAUCUGACAAAUCAUGUGCAUCUUCAUACUGGUGAAACUCCACAUAGAUGUCCCUUCUGCACUAAAACCUACUCCAGGAAGGAACAUUUGACCAACCAUGUCAGGAUACAUACCGGGGAAUCACCUCACAGAUGCGAAUUUUGCGACAAAACAUUCACAAGAAAAGAACAUCUCAUCAACCACUUAAAACAACACACAGGGGAUACUCCUCAUGCCUGCAAAGUCUGCUCCAAGCCUUUUACAAGAAAGGAGCACCUUGUAACUCAUAUGAGAGCACACAAUUGUGGAGAACGGCCGUUUAGUUGCGGGGAAUGUGGAAAAUCAUUCCCAUUGAAAGGCAACUUGCUAUUCCAUGAAAGAUCGCAUCAAAAAGGCGGCGGUGGAAAUAGACCAUUUAGAUGUGAUGUUUGUUCGAAGGACUUCAUUUGUAAAGGGCAUUUGGUAUCACACCAGCGCACUCACGCGGCGACGGGUGAAACUGCGGCGAAUAAUGAACAAGCUGCCGACGUCGAGCAAUGCGGUGAUUGUGACAAGGAUAACAACACUGAGAGGACAGAACGCAAACAUGACAUCAGAGUAGUUAAUGAAAAUCGACCGGCAGAAGAGGAUGUCACACAAAAUUCUCAAAAUAACACAGUUAUGCAAAUAAGUAACCAGCAAGUUCGCACUGGAUCCGGAUCAAAUGCAUCUAGUGUAACGACCUUCACCCACACAACAAGUACGCAACAUCACGCAGGCAACGCGAUUUCCCAUCAUCCCGUCACCGUCAAUUAC